AUGGCCCCUCCAACGCCUGCCGAGAUCCAAAAGCACCAGCAGCUGGUUGAUCGCCUUGACAUUGCCCGGGUUCCGCGCCCCUUCCGCAAUCCCAACUGGCGGCCAUCGCAGCGUCGCAACAAGAACGUCAAACAGCUCAUUUCCGAAAACUCCAGAAAAGAGGCAUCGGUAAUGGCAACACAAGCCAACUCCGGCGCAUCAACUCCCCUGCAACCCGGUACCGAUGGCAGCGAGACACCCGUUGACAGCACAGCACGCACAAACAUCGCCCAGGCCGCGCAGAACCUGUCGACCCUCGUCCUAGAGAAGAACGCGAGAGCCAUAGCAUCAUCGGGACCGUCAGUGACAUACACAAAUAUUGAAUCCGCUCCGUCACUACAUCCGUCGGCGCAUACUCGCUAUUGCGAUAUCACCGGGCUCCCAGCGCCCUAUACCGAUCCCAAGACCCGGCUGAGAUACCAUGAUAAAGAGGUGUUUGGGGUCAUCCGAACGUUGGCCCAGGGGGUUCCAGAGAGUUACCUGGAGCUGAGGGGGGCUCAUGUCGUGUUGAAGUACGUUACAGGAAACCACAUCAAGAAGACCACGUUCUAA